UGUGAUUUAUACAUUUGGAAAAAAAAAAUCAUAGUCUAAUAAAAUCUUGUUUAGUUGUCUUAAUAAAUCUUAUCAUAUUAUUUAAUUGUUAUAAUAUUUACUUAUAGAGAGUGAGAGAUAGCUCAAGUGGUUAGAGCUAAUGCAUCCCCAUUCCAAGACAUAUUGGGAUUGAUGCUCAUCUGUAAACACCAAAAAAAAAAUUAUAUUUUAUUCCAAAGAAUUGGAGAUAUUAAUGAUUAACUUUAUAUAUUGCCAAGUGUGAUAAAUGAAACACGUCAAGGAAAAAAAAAAAGAAAAUAAUAAUAUUACUGUUUGUAAGUAAUGCAAAAGUUCUUUCAAAAAAAAAAAAGUAAUGCAAAAGUUAUGGAGAAAAAAUCUUGUCAAAAAUAAAUAAAUAAAUAAAUAAAUAAAAAACUUCAAUAUUAAUGACGAAUUACAAAUAUCACUCAACCUACCCACUAUUAUGUGCUCAUAACAUGGAGUAGUAACUAGUAAGAAACCAAUAAACUAUUCAUUUGAACUUCUUUUUGCUCCAUUGUCAACAUAUCAUAUCGGAGUAUUUGGAGUAAAGGAACAAAGUUCAGUCAUAUUUGAUCAGAAAAUAAUAUUAAGAAAUGUAUGUGGUGGAAAGCAAAGGAGGAGCAAUAGCAUGUAUGCUCUUAUCAUUGCUGUUCCUAGGGACAUGACCUGCUGUGUUAGCCUUCCUCGAAAGGCGAGGCAGGCUUCCUCAACAUACUUAUCUCGAUUACUCCAUUACCAAUCUCUUGGCUGCUGUGAUCAUUGCCCUUACUCUUGGUCAGAUGGGGGAUGCCAAGCCUGGCAUGCCUAAUUUCCUCACCCAACUUCAUCAGGACAAUUGGCCUUGUGUGUUAUUUGCAAUGGUGGGUGGAGUAGUCCUGUCUAUCGGAAAUUUAUCUACACAAUAUGCUUGGGCAUUAGUCGGGUUAUCAGUAGUAGAGGUGGUCGGUUCUAGCAUUACUGUCGUAAUUGGCACCACACUAAACUACUUUCUCGAUGACAAGAUUAACAAGGCUGACAAUCUUUUCCCGGGUGUUGCAUGUUUCCUGAUUGCUGUCAUUUUGGGUUCACUUGUUCAUUCAUCCAAUGCCUCUGAUAACAAGAAAAAGCUGAGUUAUUUGUCAAGUGGUUUCGAAGACAAGGCAGGCAAAAUUGCUUUUGACAGUAAUAAGGGUGCUUCAGUGGAUCCUGAAAAGGGAAGACAAACUAAGGAAGUGGCACAGUUCGGAACAGCAGAGUACCUCAUAGAACUUGAGAAUAAGAGAUCCAUAAAGGUGCUUGAUAAGGGCAUUUGGCUUGGACUCACUAUAACUUUCUUUUCGGGGAUCUGCUUCUCUAUGUUCUCUCCAGCAUUCAAUCUAGCAACAAAUGACCAGUUCCAUCUCCUACAGAAAGGGAUCCCUCAUUUGAUGGUUUACACUGCUUUCUUCUACUUCUCGGCCUGUUGUUUCGUGGUUGCCAUAGUUCUGAACAUCAUAUUCCUGUACUAUCCUAUAUUGAACUUGCCCAAGUCAUCGUUUAAGGCGUACCUAGCAGACUCGGAAGGAAGGGGUUGGGCCUUACUUGCAGGGUUUCUCUGUGGUUUUGGGAAUGGCCUUCAGUUCAUGGGAGGUCAGGCUGCUGGUUAUGCUGCAGCUGAUGCAGUUCAGGCACUUCCUCUGGUUAGCACCUUUUGGGCCAUACUGCUAUUCGGCGAGUACAGAAAAUCUUCAAGAAGAACAUAUGUAUUACUAGUUAGCAUGCUGCUGAUGUUCAUUGUAGCCGUUGGUAUCCUGAUGGCGUCUUCAGGACAUAGGAAAUGAUUAAGCGUCAAAUAAAUUUGGAUAUUAGGCAUUUUAUACACAGAAGUGCAGAUUAUGUUGAACACCAACUGUAACAUUCUGAUAAAUAAAAAGGUUACUUAUUUUCUAUUUGGCUCCUCCCCUGCCCUAAGAACUACAGCUGCUUCUGCACCUUUUUUUUUUUUUUGUUCUUUUUUGUUGUUUUUCAUUAUGAGUGUAAGAGAUUAAAACAUGUUGGUUGAAAGUUUGACUACUAAUUGUUGACACCCAAAAAGACAGGAAUAUGUUAUCUCUCUCACACGAGAGCCUGUUGGGCUUGAAGUGUGGAUGUAUAAUAGGCCUCCUUAUAAUUGUGUUGAGCCCGAAAAGAUAACCACAUUGGACAUGCCUAUUCAUCAUACUAGUAAUCAAAGUCUAAGUAAUUUGUAGGAUUACCUUAAUUUGGAGUCAAGGAAAUUUAACGGUAGGUAUUCUAUCAUACCUUUUUUUUUUAAAAAAAAAAAAAAAAAAAAAAAAAUCUUUUAUGCAUCCUUCUUAUGUCCUUGACUAUCAAGUAAUCCUAUAACGAAUCAAAAACCUA